CGCCGUGCUGCAGAACAAGUGAAGUGUCUCGUUAAACGUGCGCGCGACCCUUCAACCGUUGCAGCUGCACGGCACGCCGCAGCUCGGCUUGAGGCGAAAGGUAGGAAGGAAGGAGGAGACCGGGGAGGGGAGGGAAAUGGCGAACUGCCACCGGCGACGACGGUGCGCCUGUUGAGGCGCUCCACGCGGACACACGCUCGCGUUCGGCUAGCCGUCAUGGACGACUCGGAGCCCGCAGAGGACGGCCUGCUCGCGGGUUUGCGCUGGAACCGGAGCGCGCGGGACCAAGCUCAGCUCAAGCACAAAAUCCGUGACCUCCCGGGACUACUAAAACACGGACUGCACCUGCGGAAGAAAAGCCAAUCACCUGACACAAUCCCCGGACCAAGUGCUGGGCCGACGGUAAAUAAGUCAUGCUCCCAGAGUUUUCCCUGCGCUGGCCGUGCUGUGAGAAAUGGUUUCCUUUCCCAUGGACCAUACCCAGCUAAAGACAAGAUACAUUUGGCCAGAAUCAUACGAGUGUGUAUAUGCGGUUACCCGCGGCAACAGAUACGGCGCUAUAAAGGUAUUAGCACACGGAUGACGGUUACAUCAGAGUUCUUGGUUCAGCUCCUCACAGGGAUACACUACGCAUUGUGUAACGGAGAAGCGGAACUCGGAUCCAAAGCUUUGGAUGACGUCCUGUAUCGGGCCCAGCUCGAGUUGUUCCCGGAAGCGCUCUUGGUGGGCAACGCCAUCAAGUCGACGCAGCAGGGCGCGGCUCUGAAAAGCAACACCAAGGAGGGUGCACGUAGCAUCCAGGUGGAGAUCACACCCACCGCUUCCAGGAUCUCUCGGAAUGCUGUCACGUCGCUCUCUAUCAGGGGCCACCGCUGGAAACGACACGACGCAGUGGAUCUGGGUUCCCCGGAUGAGCUGAUGGAUAUUUCGGAGGCGGACGAAGGCGGGAUGGCGCCUGACACAAACCCACCCACCAUCAUCAUCAGCAACAGCGUGACCGCGUUAAAUCUAGGGGCAAAGGCCAUAAAGAAGUACCGUCUGGGCGGGCGCAGCGGCAAGGACAAAGAAUCCAGCCCGCUCCCCAUCGGUCGAGCGGCUAGCGAGAGCGUGGAGACGUCCGUCAAACGUCUCACGCUCACUUCGAGCCAGUCUGUGCCCAAAGCAGGAGCUCUCACCAGCUUGACACGCACGGCCAGCGCCGUGUUCUCUCGCUCUUUUGAGCAGGUAGCCGCCGGUACCACCCCGGCCCCUGGCAACCACACUGCCCCAGAAUCUGGCACUUAUUCAUGCAGCCUGCAGGAGGAAGGGACGGCCUAUUUAAACCACACGCAACGUUCGCCAAGUAUCAGCGCGCACCUUGGCUCGGACCUUUGAAAUGGUUUUAUGAUGAACCUUUGGAUUUGAUCCUGUGAUUCUGCACCAGUAACCUGGAGCUGUAAGCCAUGCCAACCACUAGGGACCACGAACAUUUUUUUUUCUUUUCCUUCGCUCCCAUGCUCCACUGUGGUGUUGUUCUUUCUGUGCCGGGGAGUUGAAGUCACUUUGCCGAUUUCUUUGACUCAUUCAUUGUAAACCACUGCCAUGUCAGGAAGAAAUUUACAAGCCUCUGACAAUAUAUACAUUUAAAGCGCAUCACUAACCACUGUGUGUCAAAGUAUUUGGAAAUGAGUUGGCAUGUGUUGCCUUUGCAUGCCUUUUCCAUACAUUCACCUUUACCUUGACCCCCCCCCCCCCCCCCCCAUGGAAGGAGAUGUGUGUGGGUGAGUGUUUUUCUUUUGUGUGUGUGUAUAAAAGCUGUUGAUUGAAUGAAAGUUUAAACCUCCGGAUUCAAAAAGAACAAUUUUCUUUGCUCCUUCCUCAUAGCAAUACAAACCGUACCUUCAGUGUUUAGACGAAUAUAUUUAAACCUAAACGACUUUGGUCUAAUAACAGAUAUUUUUAUGAAAGAAAAAAAAAUCCACAUUCUUCCCUAACAAGUAUGGAAAUCGCAAGUGUUCCAUUCUCAAUAUUUACAGUCAGUAUUGUUCUGAUGAGCAAGAUGAAACUCAACAUAAUUAGUCCAAUGAUGUUUUUGACUCUGGUGAGAGGGCUAUGAAGUAUCAGGGUUUGCACUUGAGAGGCUAAUUACAUAUUUAUAAAGGAGUAACUCUCACAGGUACCAAUCCCAAAAGAAGGUGUGUUACAUAUGUCUGUAAGAAAACCUGUGGAUUAUUUUAAUACCUCAUUUAGCCACCAUGCCAGGUAUUUGUAGUAUUUCUGACGUCUCUUUCCUUUUCUUCCAAGUCAACCCACCUCCAUCAAAUCAUCAUGCUAACACAAAGGUCACCUCCAUCCCCAGUGUAAACUGUCGUCUGUGUGCUAUUAACGGUUUGGUGUACAUAAUUUGAAAGGACAAUCGAUGUGUUUCAGUAUGUCAGUUUACAAAUUGUGACUGCUUCUGCUUUUGCUGUACAUCAUAUUGUUGUUCUUAAGAUGUUUUUACUGGCCUUUUUAUAUGUCCGAGGAUGUGCAGCUCAUUGCUUCUGGAAAUAAAGUGUUUCUUUUGA